CACACAUCCACAAUAACUUGUGGGGUGCUUGUGUUCAUUGACGUGACAACCUCGAAGAGAGAGAGAGGCAGCGAAGCAAGGACGGACGGGUAGUAGGGGAGCAGGAUGGCAAUGACGCUCGAGGAUGUUGGCGAUGGAGCGGGUCCUGAUCGCGGCAGUGGCGGCAAUGGUCGGACACGGCGGCGCUACUCCCCAGGCAGCAGCCCGCGCACGCCGAGGAGAACAAUCAACUUCCAGUCUGUGCAAGUCUCGCCGCCAGGAUCAACGCUGGUGACAGAGUCGGUGGUCGACGACGCAGACCACGACGGCCGGGCCAGCCGAGACCAUGGAGACAGUCACCGCCCUAAUCGCCGACGAACCACACACCGCAACCACAGCAGUGACGACGAGAGCGACACAGACAGCGACACCAGCAUUGACCGACCGCCAAGCACGCACCUGCCAAUGUCGCCAAGCCGAGCGCGAACACCCGUGCAGGCGCUCAAGCCGAUCGGUUCGCUGAUGACACCGCUCAACCCCACCAGCGACACAACCACGUCUGCUGCACCUUCGACUAUUCGGUCGCCUGCGUCCAGAACAAGCACAAAGCAGCGCGCUGCCUUCUCCUCUUCCUCCUCCUCCUCUUCCUCUACUGCUAAGGUCACGCGCAUCAGCGACACCGUGCUGGGAAACAACCUGAUGGAGUUUGAUAUGGAGGGUGGGCAGCGCAGACAGCAGCCGGCCCAGCCCGCGUGCAUCGCCGAAUGCAAACCCUGGCACGCGCUUGUGGCGUUCCUGCUGCUGCUGCUUGCCGUGUGCGGCACCGUCGUCCCCGUCAUGCUGUAUUCGAGCGGCGGCAGCGACGGCGGAUCAGGUGGCGACAGCAGCGGCAGCAGCGGCGGGUCAAACACCCCCUCGCCACCGCCACCAUCCCCUCCCAUGUUCGCCACCAACCUCACCUGGAGCACAGCCAUUGCCUUUGCCGUCGAGCUUCGCCCUGCAUCGGCCAACACCACCGCCGCCUCCAUCGUCCUGCCAGCAAGUGCGGGCAGCGCAGCCAUCGUCGUGGGCUCCACCACAGGCGUGAUCGGCGCUGGCGCCGGUCCAAGUGCGGGGGGCAGCGACGCGUUUGCGUGCCGCAUAUCCACAGGCAGUGGUGCUGUGCAGUGGUGCGUGCAGUUUGGGUCAGCAGGCGACGAUGACGCGCGUGCAGUCGCAGCAACCGCGGACGGGUUGCUCGUCUAUGUUGGGGGCGUUGCCGGUGGCAGCAUGCUCGGCAAGGCAGGCUCGGGCGAGGCAGACCUCUUUGUCGUGUGCCUGCAGGGAAGCGACGGCGCCGUCAGCUGGACACGCCUCAUCGGCACAUCGCGCGCUGAUGCGUUUGGCGGACUCGUGCUGGACCGCGAUGGCGACGUGUUCAUCACAGGCCACCUCUCCUCCACCCAGGGCUCGCCCACCAGCACGACCACGGACGAGCUGUAUGUGGCGCGGCUGGCGGGUGGCACGGGCAUGGUGCAGUGGCAAACACGCAUCGGGUCGUCCGGCGACACGCACGGCCGGGCUAUUGCCGUGGACGCGAGCAGUGGCAACAUCUACAUCACGGGCGACACAACAGCGGUCACAGCAUUCAACGACGACGAUGGCUCUACGUCGCUCACGGAUGCGUUUGUUGUCUGUCUCAAGGGCUUUGACGGUUCUGUUGUGUGGCGACGGCAAAUCGACACGGGGGACCAGGACAUUGGGCACGCGGUUGCUGUUGGGGAGCAAGGCCUGCUCUACGUGACAGGGGAGACAGCCGGUGUGGCAGCGGCAGCGGAAGAUGCCACGGCGCAAACAGAUGUGUUGGUGCUGUGUCUGAGAACAACAGACGGGCGCGUGCUAUGGACAACGCAGCUUGGCUCAUCUUCUGGCCGCGAUGUGGGUUAUUCCGCCGCCGUUGACGGGAAUGGUCUGGUGUACAUUGGUGGGAGAGCUGGUGGCGAUGUAACGCGCGUGGUUGAUUCAUCCACCCUCGAUGAUGGUGAUGAUGAUGAUGGUGGUGGUGGUGGUGGUGGUGGUGGUGAUGCUACAGGUGGGAGUGGUGAUGUUGCGAGCAAUGGCGGUCAUGGUUUCGUGGCGCGCGUGAGUGGUGACAGUGGGCAGUUUCUCGGGAGCAAGAAGGUGCUGGAGGCACACGGCAGCAGUGCUGCCUAUGGCGUUGCUGUGAGCAGUGAUGGGUUCUUGUUUGUUGUCGGCCAGGCCGACACCACAUCAUCAUCCUCAACAGCUGCAUUCAUGCUUUCCCUACAACAGACGUAAUAUGCGUGCGCGUGUGUAUGUGUGUGUGUGUGUGUGUGUGUGUGUGUGUGUGUGUGUGUGUGUGUGUGUGUGUGUGCGAGCGCGCGCGCGCCACAGACAUGGCCUCCUGUCAAUGCCGGGUCAUUACAAGUAUACGGUUGUUUUCAUGAGGAGUGGCAGAUGUCAUCUGGUUGAUUAAACCUCC